GGUAACAACGAUCUUUCUGUCUCCGCAAUUCGAGCGAAAAUGUAAGCGUACAGUGUACAGUGAUUAAUACAUAAAUAUAUUUUAUGGCGAGACGCAAGCACAAGCAAUCGCGGAAGAAGACCAAGUUCCAAAAAGUGCAGGAGUCCCUUCGGAAGAUCUCCGGUCCAGAUUCGAAAAAUGAAAAUAAAGAAAGGAGCGAUUCGUCGCAUCCGCGUUCUCCGGAAUCGGUACUGUUCGAAUCGCAACCCGCGGACCUGCAAUGCGGCGAUAAGCUCAGCCCGGAGAUCAUUCCCAAGCAGCCUAGAAGAAGAUCGAAGAGCUUCAAGGACGAUCCAAAAAUCGACGAUGGGAUCGCUGCGCGGAUGAUCCAACAGCCUAGCCCGAUCUCGAGCAAGAGCCGCGAGUUGGAUCUUGCAAUGUGCGAUUUUGAGCACGGUACCAAGUACAUGAAUAACUUUCGUAAUUUAGAGGACUCCGGAGAACGCAAGCGGGACGAUGCUACCAAACCGCUCGUCGACGAUCCGUUCGAGCUCACGGAAAGUUAUUUCCUCAGCUUAUCGUCCUUGAGCAACGAGCAUAACAAUAACAAUGCGAACAGAACAACUGAUGGAAGAUCCUCGAAAAUCGUCGACGAGAUGACCCAUCGAAAUACCUCAGUAAUAUCUCGCCCUGACUUGAAAUCCCAGUCGCGCGACGAUGUACGCACUUUCGCAAAUAUUCCGGGGCCCGUGAAGUUUGACGAAGAGGGAUCUCUCGGAGUAAGAUCGAAUCAGCGGAAAGACCAUUACAUCAUUGAAACGAUGGACGAUUGUUACUUGUUGGACAAGACGCUUUCGAUGAACGAUAAUCUCGCGCACCAGAUGAACAGUUAUCUGGCCAGGCAGUCGCCGACGGUCGUCGUUAACAAAUUGGGAAGAGAUCCUGAGGAACUCUCGGAGGUCCCGCAUUUUAUGAUCUUACGCGAGAACGACGAGCGAGGCGAGCUCAGCGGAUCGCCGGUCCAUGGAUCCAUCGGCGGACCGCGAGAUAAUCCGAACAAGAAAAUGAAGGGAACGUCGAAUGGCAAUAAGAGAGUCGAGGUCGCGCUCGAGAGGAUCGGUGAACGUUUGACGGCGAAUUGGCGCGAGUUCCGGAAGAUUUUCGGGCAUCUGCGGCGAAAGAACAGGAAUACUCGCGGCGAGGAGGUGGUCGACCGCGGCGAGUGCUUAUUACACAGGUACAGGAGACUCCCUUACGUCUCCGUCUCGACGUUGUCCCUGCCAACAUCGUCCGUACCUUGCACGCCUUCGUCGUCGCCAAAGCUGGUAAGCUAUGAUAAGGUCCGCGAGUUCGGUGGGACGAGGCGAGAGGCCGAGAAAGCUGGGAUUCCGGCGGAAUCCACGACGCCUCGCACCGGGUCGGUGAAACGACUUUGCCGCCGAACGACUUUGACGUUCGGAAACGAGGAUGACGACGGGGAGGUGGCCGGUCACCGGCAACCGGCCACUCGCGCGGAUAUCACAGAUCCGCUUCCGGAAGGGAAGAAGGAGAGCAAGGGACGUUUGCUCCUGCUGGGUUCGUCGCCGUUCUCCGAUGAAACGCGUCAGGACGGCCGCAUCCCGGAAUCGAUCAUCGCCUCCGACGUCGAGCUGUCCGAUCGCAAUGGCCACGGUGGCGGUUCCCCGCAAAAAAUAGAAUAUGAUUGGGACGGCACUCGUAAUCCCCAGGCGCCGCAAAACGUCGCAACGCCUCGAGACUCUCGCAGCCAUGUCUCUCGACCUCGACGAAGAAACAUUUCCCGCACGAUAAUCACGUGGGUGAUCGCUAUCUGCAUUUGGCUGAUAAGAAAAUUGCUGCAUCUCGUAAAUGUCAAUUACAACAAGUUGCGACAGAAAUUGACCGUUUCGCCUUCGUCGAGUUCUUGGACGAAGAAAUUUGAUUGUCUGACAGAGACAAUGCGCUCCGAAAGCGAGAUGUUACGCGCAAUGUCGGAAAAAAUGACGCGACUUUCCGAAGAUUUUGUCCAGAUGCAAACGACCACCGAAGCCACUCUUAACGCCCUGACAGCCGAGAUGAACGUCUUUCGUGAAGCAAGUAAAAAAAUUACGGAAGAUAAUGUGGUAUUGCUGCAGGAGUUGAAGAAAUUACGUGAAACAUUGGAGGAAGUUCAAAUAAAAUCUUUGCAACCGGUCACCUUGCCUUCCUCGUGUCCUUUAUCAUCUCGCUCAUCUCUACCUGCACUUCCACCAUCAUUACCACCACCACCACCACCACCACCACCCCCGCUACCUCCUUCAUUUCUUCCAAAAGUGCACACUUCGGAAUCAGCAUCGUCGAUACCACCCCCGCCCCCUCCGCUCCUCUCAUCAGUUUCUUUGCAUUCCCCAAUGCCACCGAUACAACCGACGACUCCCAACAGCAGCAGAAGUAACAAGACUAGAACACCCACAAGAAAAUGUUCUACGCCGUUAUUCAACAGGCCUAACAUCACCGUCGAGGACCUGUUGAAAGUCACCCUGAAAAAGGCGCCACAAAGUAACAAAGAAAACAGACAAAACACUGUACCAGGCCCAAGAGGUCCAGUCGUGUCCUUGGAAAUGUUGCGCAACGUAAAGCUGAAAUCCGCGAAGCGUAGGCCUAACGACCAACCUGGAAGAUCGCCCAGAAACGGUCGGGUCAUUAAAAGUCGACUUGCGUCGAAUAUCAAUCUUUCGCCGAUCUUGACCGGAUCAGAGGGCAAUCUCGAGCGGAUCCUGCGACGAGUAGACCUGAACAGACCGAGGAGACUCUUGUCCGCCUCGAGCAGCUUCCGCGAACGCGAUUUUACACAGGAGACGCAGUUGUUAGAAACAUUGACAUACAGCCAAUCCGUGCUUGAGUGACCGCAGUAUCAAAUAUGAAUCGUGACAUCAGAAGCGAGAAAUUUUCACGAAUUAUUGGAAGAAACUUGCAUCAUAUAUGCAUCGAAAUAACUUACUUGCUUUGCAUAUCAUAUAACUCAUAUUGGAUAUAUCAGAUUUAAGAAAUUUUGUGAAGAUUUAUAAAGACAAAAAAGAUUUUCUUUUUAAAUUUGUAUUAUUAAACGUGAAUACACGUGAGAAAAUUAAUUUGUUACGAUACGUAAUGUGCAAGGAAAAAAAAAUCGAUAUCUCGUUUCUGAUGUCAAUCUUAAUAUGACUGCAAUGAGAGAAAAAUCUUAAAAAAUUUAAAUUAUAUUAAUACAGACGUAUGACAUACUCGUCAUAAAAUUAAAAUAUUCGUAUUUAAUAUUAAAUUAACAUUUUAACUCAAGAGCUCAAAGCUCUUCGCUGCAUGAUUUCUCUACAAUUGGCUGGCCGAAAACUCAAAUCUCGAUAUCCUUUAAUAAAACUGUGACCAAGGCAUAGAUUCGUAAUUACUUUAUUUAUUUGUAGCUUUCAUGUGUGUGGUUUUACAGAAAAAAAGAUUGUAUCCGGUGUAUUCGCAUCGAUUGUAAUACAGAGCGUAAGAACGCA